AUGCCACUUGACACGAUCUACAUCACCCGGCAUGGGCACCGUCUAAACUGGACAAUAGACUUAUCUACGGGUACCUACCAUGCGACCUACCCAACGCCGACCGGCAUUCCCGUCGACCCGACACUCACGCAGCCAGGUGUUCGGCAAUCGCAAGAGUUAGCAGCGCACUUUUGCCAUGAAACAUUCACGACAAAACCAUGCAGGGUGUAUUGCAGUCCAUUUUAUAGAUGUCUGCAGACCAUCCAGCCGACAGUGGAAGGGCUGAAAAAAAUCCAAGAGGCAGAGAAGAGGCCAGAUAUCGACUUGACUGUUAGAAUCGAAAACGGCCUUGGAGAAUGGUUCGGCUCCUCAUCCUUUUUCACUCACCCGUCCCCUUCGACUCCUGAGGUCCUCGCAAGCCACUUCCCAACCAUCCUCUCUCCCUCUCCGUCCGAAACCCAAUACAAAGCAAGGAUAAUCCCUUCUCCCAGUGGUGAAACUAUCGCCCAACUACACGACCGUGUAGCCACAACGCUCUCGCACAUCAUCGCCACUGUCGAUGAAGAACUCGCGGCCUUCGCUGAAUCUCAUCCGGACGAUCCCCGCAACCAUCAAAGUCACUCCAUAUUGAUAUGUACGCAUGCUGCGCCAUUGAUUGCAAUGGGCAGGGCUUUGACAGGGAAUAUGCCCGACGAUUCUUCAGAGGAGGACUUUAAGCCGUUUACAGCGAGUGUAAGCACGUUUGCAAGACGGAAGUCUGGGAGUCGGACGGGCAUCGAGCAGGACGUCGUAAAUGGAAAGACCGAAGAAAUUUGUGGAAAGAAGAUUCCCUACUGGAGAGGUGGAAGAGGAGUUGGUGGAGGCUGGGACUGCGUACAGAAUGGUGAUUGCUCGUUUUUGAGCGGGGGAGAAGAGAGGGGCUGGCAUUUUAACGGCGAGGAAGACUUCCUUUCGAUGCCUACUCCGCUUGUUGCUAGCGCACCCAGUGGUGCGGCAAGCGAUGCUGGCUCUGCGGGUUCUUCCUCUGCAAAGCUUUAG